AUGAGUUUACAUACACGUAAAAAACGAAAGAAAGAACUUCGAGAAGAAUAUAUUGAACAAGAUGGUUUAAUAUUUCAAUUACCCGAUGAAAUACUUCUUCAUUUAUUUAAAUAUCUCUCUACAGAAGAAAUUAUUCUUGCUGCUGGUGUUUGCAAUUUAUUUCGUCGUGUUGCUAAUGAUGAUAAAUUAUGGAAAAUAGUUGAUUUAACAAGAAAAUCUUAUUCAAAUCGAGUAUUAGUUAAAUUUUUUCGUCGUUUUGCUCGUCCAUGUACGGAAAUAUUAAAAAUAUCAGGUGCACCAAAUGGAAAAAAAAUAAAAAAUAAUCUUGUUAAAUUACCACCAUAUACAGAACAAUUAAGUUAUUUUAUUCGUACAUCAUAUCCAAAUCUUCGUUAUUUACAUAUAUCAAAAUAUGAUUUUCGAGAUGAUCCAACAGCUUGUAAAAAUAUUACAUAUUUACCAACAAAUCUUCAAGGUCUUUAUUUAACAAAAUGUGAAAUGUUAAUGACAAGUAUUCAAGGUACAUCUGAUUUUUUAAAAAUUCCUAAAGCUCCAUUAAAAGGUUCAACAUCAAAUUUUUCUCUUGAACAAUUGGAAAUUUUAUCAUUUGAACAAUCAUCAUGUCUUGGACUAGUAUCUGUACGUUAUUUACCAGAUUUAUCUCCAAAUUUAAUUGAACUUAAUCUUAAUGGUUGUUUUCGUAUAACACGAACACGUACAUUUACCGAUACAUUACUGUCAUUUCAUAAAACACUUCGACGACUUUAUUUAAAAGAAACACAAGUCGAUGAUGAUACAAUUCAUUGUAUAUGUCGAAAGUUAAAAUUUCUAACUAUACUUGAUAUAAGAUUAUGUAAAUAUGUUACAAAAAAUAUUAUAGAAAAUUUGUUAACAUUAAAACAAUUAGAACAAUUAUUCGCAGAUGACAUUAUUAAAAUUGAAUAUGAACAAAGAAAAUUAAAUGAAAAAUUAUGA